AUGAACUACGAACAGAGAUUAAUCGCCGCCGCGAAGUGCGUAUUCGAAGGAGAUGCCCGCGCCGCUACCGCGGAGGCUCAAGUCAACUGUUCCGACUAUGGUGUAACGGCGACCCUUAAGCCUCACCAAAUUGAAGGACUCUCAUGGCUCAUACGGCGAUACCUUAUCGGUGUCAACGUUAUUCUCGGAGAUGAGAUGGGGCUUGGAAAGACAUUACAAGCCAUCUCAUUCCUAAGUUAUUUAAAGUUUUCUCGUGGAUUACACGGACCCUUUUUGAUACUCUGUCCUCUCAGUGUAACUGAUGGAUGGGUAUCAGAAGUCAACCAAUUCGCCCCAAAGUUGACCAUUCUUCGUUAUGUUGGAGACAAACAACACAGACGUACUUUGAGAAGAGAAAUGUUUGAACAUGUGCAAAAACAAUCAUCACCACCCAAUGUGCAGGCGUUACCUUUUGAUGUGCUCCUUACAACAUAUGAUAUAGCUUUAAUCGAUCAAGACUUUCUUUCUCAAAUUCCAUGGAAUUAUGUUGUUAUUGAUGAGGCUCAAAGACUUAAAAAUCCUUCCAGUGUUUUGUAUAAUGUUCUCAGAGAGAGUUAUAUGAUGCCUAGGUGUCUACUCAUGACUGGAACACCUAUUCAGAAUAGUCUUACUGAACUUUGGGCUCUUUUGCAUUUCUGUAUGCCUUCAAUCUUUGGGAGAUUGGAGCAAUUCUGCUCUAAAUUUAAAGAAGGUAAAGGUGCACCAGUAGAUAAGGAGAAGUUCAAAAGCUUAAGAUAUAUUUUGGGGGCAUUCAUGCUUCGAAGAACAAAGUCUAGGCUUAUUCAGAGUGGGACCCUUUCUUUGCCACCUCUUACUGAAAUCACAGUGAUGGCUCCAUUGGUGACCUUGCAGAAGAAGGUGUAUAUGUCAAUACUAAGAAGAGAGCUUCCUAAGCUUCUAGCAUUGUCUUCUGGAACUUCUAGUCAUCAAUCCUUGCAGAAUAUUGUAAUACAACUACGUAAAGCAUGUAGUCAUCCUUACCUCUUUGCUGGUAUAGAGCCAGAACCAUAUGAAGAGGGUGAACACUUGGUUCAGGCAAGUGGCAAGCUGGUAGUCUUAGACCAGCUACUUCAGAAGCUACAUACUUCUGGACACCGUGUUCUUCUGUUUGCACAGAUGACACACACACUUGAUGUAUUGCAGGACUAUAUGGAGUUAAGAAAAUACCCUUAUGAGCGGCUUGAUGGAUCCAUUAGGGCUGAAGAGCGGUUUGCUGCAAUAAGAAGUUUUAGCCGAAAGUCCGGAAUUGGAAAUUGCAAUUCCGAAGCUGAUUACGACUCUGCAUUUGUCUUCAUGAUUUCCACCAGAGCAGGGGGAGUUGGGUUGAAUCUUGUAGCUGCUGACACUGUUAUAUUUUAUGAGCAAGAUUGGAAUCCACAGGUGGAUAAGCAGGCGUUACAGAGGGCCCACAGGAUUGGUCAAAUGAACCAUGUGAUGUCCAUCAAUUUAGUCACUGAACGCACAGUGGAGGAGGUUAUCAUGCAGAGAGCAGAGAGGAAGUUGCAACUGAGUCAUGAUGUGAUAGGUGAAGAUGAUAAUACAGACAAGGAAAAGGAAUGCAAAGACAUGGUAGGAGUUGCUCCAACUGAUCUUCGAUCUGUUAUACUGAGUCUACACAUACUCGAUCCCAAACAGAAUUCAGAUCAUCAAUUAGACAUGUCAAAAUUGAAUGAUAUAAUCGAUAAGGUGAUCGCCUUCCGACAUGGCGGAAAUGAUCCAACGGUUGAGAUCGAUUCAAAUGAUGUAUUACAAUUAGGUGGACAUGGAAGACAUGAUGUUGACUUUGACCCUGGUGUUGAUGAAGCUUCGUAUCUUUCGUGGGUUGAGAAGAUCAAGGAGACAUCGGAGAAAUGUGAUGAGUCAGCAUUGGAGGAGGAGAGAAAUAAGAGAAGUUUAAUGGUAAUGGAGGAGAAGAGAGUGAAAGCGGAGUCUGUUAGGAAGAAGGCUGAGGAGAAGAAAUUGGCGAAAUGGGAAGCUCAAGGGUAUGAGUCAUUGGAUGUGAAGGAUGUUGUGGGCCCUACCAAUAAUAUGCUUUUGGAUUCUGGUCUGGUGAAUUUUGUCUAUGGAGAUUGUACACAGCCUUCUAAAGUUUCUCCCUCUGACUCCUCUAUAAUUUUCAGCUGUGUUGAUGAUUCGGGGAAGUGGGGACAUGGUGGUAUGUUUGAUGCAUUAGCUAAGCUUUCACCUCAAAUUCCAUCUGCAUAUGAACGAGCUUCUGAAUUUGGGGACCUUCAUCUUGGUGACCUCCAUCUUAUACAAGUGACAGGUGGUGACGUGGACAAUAACAACAACAAUAAUAAAGGACGUGAGUGGGUGGGCCUAGCUGUUGUCCAAUCGUAUAAUCCCAGACGGAAAGUGCCACGUAGCAGUAUCUCUAUUUCUGAUCUGGAACAGUGUCUCUCAAAAGCUUCAUUUUCAGCUGCUAAAAAUUCUGCUUCGAUCCAUAUGCCACGAAUUGGGUACCAAGAUGGGGCAGAUAGGUCAGAGUGGUACUCAGUUGAACGUCUUCUUCGAAAGUAUGCUGCUUUAUAUGGCAUAAAGAUAUACGUGUACUAUUUUCGGCGAAGUUCGUCUUGAGAGUUGUGGAGGCAAGUGAGUUCUUCAUAUCUACUUUAACUUCAUAUAGCUUUAUACUAUUGUAUCUUAUUCAGUUUAGUAACUUUUUAUGUUAUGUUGUAUAAUUUUUUAAUGUUAUAAUUUACAUAGGUAUUGUAAUAUAAAAUGUAUAUAUAAAUUGAAUUACUAAUAAAACAAACUAGUAAACAAAAAAGGCACUAUUGGG